UUAAAAGUUAAUAAUGAGACAUUGUCUUUGCCAGAAAAGUAUGCUGUGUGCAGAAAAUAUUGAGAACGAAGAACUGAUGGUUCUUGAUGUUGUAUUAUUGACAUCAGUGGCGAAUAAAAUGGUCUGAACGAUGACUUGAAUUUGGACAACUCCAGGUCUCAUUGCUUGAGGGACAUCUAGACAGCAGUGUAGGAACCACAUUUAAUUCCAGAUCUUCUCAUGUUGGCUACAUACCAAACGCCCAACAACACUUCAUCAAAGUCUCACAAUUGUAAAUAAACGUUAACCAUUGACCAAUCGGUCGGUCAGUUCAACUCAAGGUCAAGUUAGAGGUUAGCCAUUAGUCAGUCCAACACAGGAGCAGGUCAAAGGUUAGCCAUCAGUUAGUUCAACCGUAAGCCAGGUCAAAGGUUAGCCAUUGGUUUAAUAAUAGUCCAACCCAAGGUCAGGUCAAAGGUUAGCCGUCAGUUCAACUGAAGUUCAGGCCAGAGGUUAGCCAUUUGUCCUAUACGAGGUGUUAGUAAAAUCAUCGCUGCAAGCACAAGAAAGAAAACGAAAUGAGGCCGAUGAAUUAAAAUCAUAGUAAUAAAGCGACACCUACCAAAACAUACGUAAACUGCAGGUGUCCAUAUGUCUCUCUCAAUCGGAUCAAAAAGUGGGCGGACCAGUAGUGCAAGUAGUACUAUUGUCUACUAUCUAUGUCAUUCGGGUGUGUUUCAACCAAGUCUAUACCUUUGACAAACAUGUUAGCAUAUACGUCGGCUUCCAAUCCCGUAACCCUUGCACUAUUGGCGGUGCACCUAUCAACGUUAUGCCUCGCGGGGGCGUCUCUCCCGGACAGACCCUUCAAUGUGGUAUGGAACGUGCCAAGCAAGACAUGCAAGAAAAAAUUCGGAGUCGACCUAAAACUGGAACAGUACGACAUAGUAGUGAAUCCAGGACAGGCCUUCCUUGGGCCGUACGUGUCUCUGAUCUAUGAGUUGAAACUGGGAAUGUGCCCAUCUUAUCAUGACUAUCAUCUAGACAAGGCGAUCCAUGGCGGCCUUCCACAGACCGUAGAUUUGGCUUGUCAUAAGGAAAAGGUUGCUGACGACAUCGCCCGACUUGUGCCUGAUGCCGACUACCAAGGGUUGGGCAUUAUAGACUGGGAGUCGUGGAGACCGCUGUAUGAACGGAACUGGGCCAGAAAGACCAUCUACAGAAAGCAGUCUCAAGAGCUUGUUAAGGAAAGACAUCCCGAUCUUUCUGAGAAAGAGGUGAAGGUCAAGGCCAGGGAAGAGUUCGAGACCGCGGCCAGGGCCAUGAUGGAGGACACCCUGACCUUGGUGAAGAGCCUUCGCCCCGGAGGAUUCUGGGGGUUCUACCUGUUCCCUGACUGUUACAACACUCCUGGGAGCAUCAGGAGCAGGAAGGGGAAAACUUACGGCUGUCCACAGAAAGUGCAGGACCAGAACGACAAACUAUCCUGGCUGUGGGAGGCGAGUACAGGUCUGUACCCGUCCGUGUACGUCACCUACCUGUUCAAGAACAUGGUUAACACCGAGCAGUUCGUCCGCGGCAAGGUGACCGAGGCCUUCCGCGUCAUGGAGUCCAGACAGGGCGGCGACAUCCCGAUCUACCCCUACAUGUGGCUCAGUAUUGUUCUUUCCUGUAGGUAUCGAGAAGAAAUAGAAUAUGUCACUCAGGCUGACCUGGUACACUCUAUCGGUGAGAUCGCAGGUCUGGGGUCGGCAGGAGUCGUCAUCUGGGGGGCGUCACUUGACGUCAACAGUAAGGAAAAGUGCCUUCAGCUGGAGGAGUAUGUCCGGACUGUGUUCGGUCCGUACGCCAAGAAGAUCACCGCUACAGCAGCUGAAUGCGGGGAGAGGGAGUGUAGCGGACACGGGAGAUGUGUGACUAACUACGAGACGGCCAUCAGCCAUGAGAUGAUGCAGGGUGCGGGCGGACUGGAGCAGGCGCAGGCGCUACAGGUGGACGACUUCCCGGAUAUAACCCAGCUGACCCCGGAAGAACUUGCUGCCCUGGACGAGGAAGAGGACGCUCCGUUCUUCCAAGCAGAAGACGACGAGGAGCCGGGCGGGGCCAGUGAAGAGAUGUUGGAGUAUUUUCAGCAGAUGGAGCUGCAGCCGGGGAGGGAGGGCGUCACGUGCCGCUGUUACUCCGGCUGGGCGGGGGAAUCCUGCGCCGAGGAGCUGUAG